AUGAGUGGUACACAAAUUUCUCCGGACUUCUGCAAAAAGCAUCCACUACAAAAUAAUUGGACGUUAUGGUUUGACAACCCGAACGGGAGCCGAAAACAGACCACAUGGGGCCAAACUCUUCGUAGCGUCUAUACUUUCGAUUCGAUCGAGGAUUUUUGGUGCCUUUACAACAAAAUUCUAAGCCCGAGUAAGUUAAUAAUGGGAACAGACUUUCAUCUUUUCAAAGAGGGCAUUGAACCGAAAUGGGAGGAUGAGAAUUGUGCAAGUGGGGGAAAAUGGACAUAUCUAUUCCCCAAAAGUAGAUCUGUGGGAGAGCUGGACGAAUACUGGCUGAAACUAUUAUUAGCUAUGAUCGGAGAACAGUUCAGCGAGCCUAAUGAAAUUUGUGGUGCAGUCAUAAGUAUCCGUCAGAAACAACAUCGCAUUGCUUUGUGGACGAAAACUUCCUCGAAUGAAGCUCAUCAACUAGCAGUUGGACGAUCGUUUAAAACUAUACUGGGGCUUGCAGAGAAUGACAAAAUUCUCUAUAUGGUACAUGAUGAUGCAAUUAGACUUGAGCGUAAAGCAAAAGAGCGCUACACCGUCUAA